AAAAUAAAUACAUAAUCUGCAUUUCGAUCAAUGAUUAGCCGGCGACGUGUUCAAAAACACAGUCGACCGGCGUAUUUUGAGCUCAAUUUUGCCGCACCUGCGAGCGAUUUGAAGAAAAUGGAAUGUGUCUCCUUGAUGACCAGGUUGUCCAGCAGGACUAGGGUGUUGCCCCCGGCCGCAGCGGGCCGAAGCCCGGCCGAAAAGAGCAGAAAACUGCCCCAAAACAGAAUUCCGCCUAUCCUCAACGCCACCAUUAUCGCAGAUGUGUGACGGUGUGGCAGUUUUCUCGUUCCGACGUUGCUCAACGCCCAUUGGCCUGCGUGCAGCUGCAUUCCGCUCGCUGAUUGGCUGCUGGCGCUGACCGCCUGGAAGACUGGCGAACAGCAACAGCUCGCAGCCAGGUCGGAACGGCGGAACGAGAGAGAAAACCUCAGAAAACAACAGAGGCGAAAAGCAGCUGCUGCAGAACUGCGGAUUUCGUUUGGCAAAGGAUGUUGCACGCCUGAGGAACGCCGAGGGCUGGCGAUCGUGCUACAGAAAUGUUCAGCAUCGUCAACAGCGAGAUGCCGUGCGUCACUUUCCUUGCUCUCUACAUUCUAUCGUUUCACGUGCUGCACAUAAACUCGAAGACCUCGACCUACUGGAAGCUGACCGAGGAUGGCAAGAUCGAGCCGAGUCCGGUGCAGCUGCCUGGUUUGGCGGCCGAUUCGGCCUUUGAAGAAGACGAAGUCUUCAACAUCAUCACGUCUACGGUGCGCCUGGGCACCAUGUGGUCCAAGCGAGAUGAAGAGCACAUAUGUGUUGAAUGCCCACAGCAGUCUUCACCUGCACCAUCCGUGGACGAAACCAAUCUUGUCAAGAACGAGUCAGAGAACAAUUCAACAGAGUCCAAGUCCAUCAAACUAAGACUAAAUCAGUCGGAGAGCAAAAAACAGUCUGACAGUGAUGAGCAACUGGACUGUGGGAAACCCGUCAACUAUACAUACUACGACCACUUGGUGGGAAUUGCCAACAGGCACACUCAUCCCAAUGUACCUGAGCCGCAGACCUCAUUAAUAUUUUACCAAAAGAGUGGCAAAGGGACAAAGCGGAACGACUUCGACAUAGCCGCAGUCGAAAAGAGACUCCUGAAGGCCAAGAGAGAGAAACCAAAGUCAGUCCAGUUGUACAAUCAAAUUGGCAACUUUUGGAGAGUCAAGGGCGACACACAAAAGUCCAUCGAGUGCUUCAGAAGAGCACUGGCGGUGUCGCCGAACAAUGCUGAGGUGUUGCUGAACUUGGCCAGAGUUCUCUUUAACCUGCAGUACCUGGAUGAUGCCAUAUCUCUAACCCGGCGGUCCUUGGAGGUGCAACCGCCCGACAAAAGCCCGUGGCAGCAAUAUUUCACCUUGGGCGAAAUUCUCAAGGCAUACGGACACUACCAAGAGGCAGCUGUCCAUCUGCGGAACGCACUUGAGCUCAAGCCCGAAUUUGAGCCUGCCCUGGCCGCUUUAAGAGACAUAGAGAACGUCCCAGCACACGCCAUCCAUGUGUACACAGUGCUGAUCAUUGUUUGCUUAGUGCUGGGCGUUUUGUUGAUCAUCUUGUCCUCGAUGGAUGGCCAGUUGGAGGAGAUCGGGGAGGUCAAAGGCCAGAGCAGGCACUUCAACAGAGCAAUGGCGAUGCGCAGCAUCAAAAUGGGCAUUUCCUCCAAGUCACAACUGCGAGCGCGCCGCAACUAAGAGACAACCCACCUUGGUAAAGUAGAAAGUUUGAAAUGCCGUUGCGUCGGCGGUGAAUUUUUAAAAGUGUAAUUCGUUGGUUGUUUAUCGCUUUUUUUACUGGCUGUGGAUUCAUUUGUAGGUCUUUACCUUUUUUAAUUUAUUGAUUUUCCUACGGAAUAAGUCAGUCCGUGUUUUAAAUUUAAGUUGAAUAUGUGAAAACAGUCGGAUUUGUGUAAGAAGCAUGCAUGUCGCUGUCAAGCAAUAAAGUGGAACAAAUGCUCUGCUGCAAAAGAAAACUGUUUAAUGAA